AUGGAAGCAGAGAUAGAAGACUCAGAUCGAAAAUUAGAAAUUGAAUCCACCGAAAAGAUUGCACUGAAAAUAUCGGGAUUUGGAGGAAACGAAGGACAAGUUCGUCAUCUUGAUAAAGCAAACAUAGCUAUUGAAACAGUUGAUAAUCAAAGAAUAGAAAUAGAAGUUAUAAUUGUACCGAAAAUUGCCGCUUCUAUUCAGACAAAAUCACAAAAGGAAAUCAAAGCACUGCCAUACUUACGUGGUUUACGACUCGCACAUCCGAUAUGCGCAGAAGACAAGUUUAAAAUAUCUUUAUUGAUUGGUGCAGACUAUUACUGGUCAACAGUUGAAGACGAAAUAAUAAGAGGAAAUAGACCGACCGCAGUAAAGUCGAAAAUAGGUUAUCUCUUGUCGGGACCCGUACUAACUAAAAACGGAAGUAGUUCAAAACAAUCAGCAAUGUUGAAUAUUUUGACUGAUCACAGAACCGUUGUUUGCGACUUGGAAAAGUUUUGGAACUUAGAAGCGUUGGGGGUUUCAGGAAGCGAUACCAUUAAAAGUCAGUCGGAAGUUGUACGAGAAUACGGAGAAAAGUCUAUAAUACUAGAAGAUGGAAAGUACACAGCUAAGUUACCAUGGAAACCAGAUUUCCUUCCGCUACCACAUAACAUGGAAUUGGUUAAACAGAGGACAAGUAGCGUUAUUAGGCGUUUAGCAAACAAACCCGAUUUAUUAAAAAUGUAUGGAGAUAUCAUAAGGGAGCAGGAGAGAAGACAUUUUAUUGAAAAGGUUGAAGAAACAAAACUUCCUACCGAUCGACCAGUGCACUAUAUCCCGCAUUAUCCUGUUGCUAAGGAAUCAUCUACUACGCCAAUACGCAUUGUUUAUGAUUGUAGCUGCAAAGAUGGAAGAGAUAAUCCAAGUCUAAAUGAAUGCUUAGAAUCACACCCACCUGUUAUGAAUGAUAUUACGGGAAUACUUAUGAGAUUUCGCGCAAAGAAAUAUGCUACAAUAUCAGAUUUAGAAAAGGCAUUUCUACAAAUACAGCUCGACAAGAAAGACAGAGAUGCAACGAAGUUCUUAUGGCUUAGCGAUCCUACAAACACAUCAAGUCCGCUAAUAACAUUUCGCUUCAAGUCCGUACUCUUCGGAGCUACAUGUUCGCCAUUCAGUUUGAGCGCCACACUUCUCAAGCACUUUAAGGAAAAUCCGGGGAAACUUUCAGAUACACUUGAAAAUGGGUUAUAUGUGGACAACAUUUUAACUAGCUUUGAUAACGAAAAUUACGUAAUAGAUUAUUACAGGAGAUCGAGAGAAUUACUUACGAAAGGCGGAUUCAACCUACGCUCAUGGAAUUCAAACAGUCCAAAAUUACAAGAAAUCGCUAGCAAAGAAAAAACCUUAGACAAAGAUGAGCUUACUAAAAUUCUUGGUAUGCAAUGGAACGCUAAAUCGGACAAGUUGUUUUAUCAAAGUAACACGUUCGAGAUGGACAAAAAAGGAAAACUGACUAAAAGAUAUAUUUUACGGCAAUCAUCCAAGAUUUUCGAUCCGUUAGGACUAUUAAGUCCAGUUACUGUAAAAGCGAAAAUCUUUAUGCAAUCACUUUGGACGCUAAACUUGGAGUGGGACGAAAUAUUACCGGAAGAUAUCCAAUCAAAAUGGAUAUUAAUUUCACGAGAUCUAGCAACGAGCUUAGAAACCGAGAUUCAUCGAAGUACUCAAACACAAAACGCGAAUAACAGAAAAUUACCAACUCUUCAUGUAUUUACCGAUGCUUCAACUCAUGCGUAUGGCGCAUGCGCGUACAUCAUGUAUGACAGAAAACCAACAAUAGUAAUGGCAAAGAAUCGAGUUGCGCCUAUCAAGACUAUAACUUUACCAAAACUAGAGCUCAUGGGGGCUGUAAUUGGAGCGAGGCUUGCUGAUCAUAUCUGCCAAAACUUUCAAGAAACUUUCAGUGAAAUACAAUUUUGGAGUGAUAGUCAAAUCGUACUAAGUUGGCUUACAUCCGUAAAACCACAGAGACAAUUUAUCAGAAAUAGAAUUGAAGAAAUUAAAAGUUUGUGUGGAGAUAAUGUAUGGAGAUACUGCCCUACAAAAGACAACCCCGCAGAUCUGCUUACACGUGGUAUAACAUCUGAAGAACUGCAACAGAAUGAAAUGUGGUUUAGUGGACCUAAAUGGUUAAACAGCAAAUAA